UGAUGUGGGCGACCAAGCAAGUCGCGAAUGCUACUCUAUCACGUGCGUAUUUGACGUGUUUGAAGCAUUCGCGUUUCAACAAAAAUCAAUUCAUGCGUCGUUCUAUGAAAAUUUCCACAAAGCACUGCUUUCAGAAAUCAUCUGUACGCCGUUCAGAAAUUCAACCAUCGUCAUAAUGAAUCAUUACGUUUCGAUCUACAAGCGGGACUACACCUCGCCUCUAGUGUCGGCUGCACGUCGACCUAAAUCGCCAACAGCGAUUUUUAAAAGUUGCACUUGCACCGACUCACGGCAAGCGCUUAAAAAGCUUGUAGAUGUGAAAGUCGAAGAGUGUUUUGAUUCAAGUCGUAUGAAACCCACGGGAUGGCUCUCAGAGCCGAAGAUUUAUCCCAAGACUCAGCCUAGGAUUCAGGAAGUAGAUAAAACACCGUUUGAUCAGCCGCGCGGUUGCGUAAAAACACUCGAAAUACAAUGUCCCGAGUUCUAUAAAAUGUUAGAAAAAGCACAGCUGGAGGAAAGAGCCUCGCGAGUAGAGGCUGAUCGUAUGAAGACGACGUAUCAGAUCGAUUUCAGUGAUCCUGCAGCUGCACGUAUGACACAACUGUCCAGGAUCCGUGAUAUGGACGAUCAACAGCUGCAAUGCCGUGUGCCAAUAAAGAUAACGAUAGAAGCUGAUUGCCCGCCACAAUGUCGUCCCCCGUCUUUAAAGUAUAACGGAAGCACGCGUGCUCGGAAAUACGAUUUCAAACAAAAGAAUGCAUUGAAACGCGGAAAGCCGUGCGAGGACAUCGAGGGAAGAUUGGCGCAAUUGCCAUCCUGGAAAACGGAGUAUCAAGAUAGUAUCAAUAAGAUCGGUCAAACCAUUAUGAAAGUUAAAUUACAUCAAAUGAAAAAAAAAGUUUUACCGGUGUUAACUGUGUCCAACUAAUACAUUGAAUACAACGAAAAAUGUUUUAAU